AUGUGCGGCCGGCGCCGGUACAGCAGCACCGCGAUGCCCGCGAAGGCGAAGAUGCGCACCUCGAAGGGGCGGCCCUGCACCGCCCCGGACACGGCGGCCACAGACCAGGCGACGCCAGGCCCAGGAACACGUUCACCCGUGGGAGCCGGUCACGUUGCCGAUGGACGCGGGGGCGCACUGGUUCUGCAGCGCCGCCACCUUGCUGGCGAACGUGUCAGGGAUGGAGGUGCCCAGGGCCACGAAGACAACGGCGUUGACAGAGUCCUUGAGGCCAACGGUGCAGCCGAAGUGGGAAGCGAGGUCCCCAGUGAGGGUGGUGAGCAGGCCAAUGACCAGGAUGGAGACGCCAAAGCGGGCACCAUCACCACUGGGCUGCUCAGAGCAGUCAGUGGAGGAGACAGCACUGAGGAGGCCCUGGAAGCUGCCACUGCACCCUGGGGAGGUCGUUCUGUGCCUGGAGUGGACAGAAGCCCCUUUGCAAAAUCUCUGGGUCAUUCCAGAGGGGAGGCUGAUCUUUUUGAUUCUAGGGACAUCUUUUCCACGGGCACUGGAUCUCAGUCCAUGGAGAGAACAAAACCCAAGGCAAAGAUAGCAGAGAAGCCUGCCAACCCACCAGGGGGAGGUAAAGAAAAGAGCCCCAUGUUUCCUGCCCCAGGGGAGGCCAGCAGUGAUGAUGAUCUCUUUCAGUCUGCUAAACCAAAACCAGCAAAGAAAACAAAUCCCUUGUCUCUCCUGGAAGAUGAGGAUGAUCUCUUUAUAGAUCAGAAAGUCAGGAAGAAUGAGUCAAAAUCCAAUAGUCAGCAGGAUGUCAUGUCAACAACACAAGAUAUUUUUGAGGAUGAUAUAUUUGCUGCAGAAGCAAUUAAACCCUCUCAAAAAACCUGAGAGAAUGAGAAAACAUUGGAAUCCAAUUUAUUUGACAAUAACAUUGAUAUCUUUGCUUACUUAACUGUAAAACCAAAAGAAAAGUCCAAAAAGAAAGCGGAAGCCAUGUCUAUAUUUGAUGAUGAUAUGGACGACAUCUUCUCCUCUGGUAUCCAGGCUAAGACAACCAAGCCAAAAAGCUAAUCUGCACAGGCAGCACCUGAACCAGGAUCUGAACACAAGGUGUCCGACAUCUUUGAUGAUCCCCUGAAUGCCUUCAGAGGCCAGUAG